UUAGGGCCAACAACUAUGGUGUUGUUGUUCCUCGCAUUGAUAUGUCAAUUGCUCUAACUCAUGAUGGGGGCUGAGCAGGGCCCGGUGGGCGGAGACAGGAUGUUGCUCAGCUCCUCCGAGUCGAGUGGUGUUUCUGUCAUUUGGUGGGGGCUUCAGGAGUCCCGUUCAUAUGUUCUUGUUGCAUCAGUCGCUGUUGCUGGUGCUGGUCCUGCUGUUGUGCCAGCUGAGCUUGUUGGAGGCGCUGUAGCUGCACGUCGUGCUCAUUUUGUUGCGUACGCUGCUGUUGUUGCUGUUGUUGCUCUGCCUGCCAUUGUAUUUGAAAUUCCAAUUGUAUGCUUUGCUGGUGUUCUUGUCGUUGUUGUUUUUGUUGCUGCAGCUGUUGCUGUUGGCAGUGCAGGGUUUGCUGUUGUUGUUGUAGCAGGUGAUGUUGAAUCUGCUGAUGUAGUUGCUGCUGUUGCAGCUACUGCGCCUGUUCUUGUUGCAGCUGCUGUUGGUGUUGCUAUGGCUCUUGCUGCAUUCGCUGUUGCAAAUGUAGUCGUUGCUGUUGUUGCAGCUAAAGCUGUUGCUGCAUUGCUUUCUGCUGCAGUUGCUGUGCAUGCAGUUGUAGUUGCAGCUCUUGGUGGUUUUCGUGCUGCUGGAGCUGUUGAAGUUGGCACUGUCUCUCUUGUUCUAGCUGAUGCAGCUAGUGUUGUUGUUCAGAUGCGAGUGUUGCUGUCGCAACUGUUGAGCUUGGUGUUGUUGUUGUUUCUGUUGCUGUUGCAGCUGCAUGAGCUGCAGGUAUUGCUGUUCUUGUUCUCUUUGCUCUUGCUCUCGCUGUAGCCACUGCGUCUGUUGUUGUUCUCUUUGCUCUUGCUCUCGGUGUUGCUGUUCUUGUUCUC